UUACAACAUACCGCCGCUAGAUGCCGCUGUGAAAAAAAGUAAAACCUACUCCUUAGCGAGUGUCGCGCAGUUUCCAGCAGUUCUCGGCGACGCGCCUGCGCAGUGAAGUUCUGUCGGGCUGCUGGUUUAUAUAACACUCCCAUCAUGUCCACCUUGGCCGCUGCCAGUUGUGAGUCGACCUCAGAGCCCCAGGAGAAGAAGCCCCUGAAGCCGUGCUGCGCCUGCCCAGAGACCAAGAAAGUGCGCGACGCCUGCAUCAUCGAGAAGGGAGAAGAGCAAUGCCGGGAUCUGAUAGAGGCCCAUAAGGAGUGCAUGAGGGCCCUCGGCUUCAAGGUGUAACCCCACCUGCGGGGGGGGAGUCUAGAGAGUUUGGGUGUGCUUUGUGUGAGACGUUAACUUAUUUGAGUGAAGAUGGCUGGAGCCCCGGGAGGGAGAUCGUCACUGGAGAUUUUGGUUACAAAUUUAUUGGAUCUUCCUGCAAAUAUUAUUAAAGUUUAUUUUUGAAUUGAAAUUAAAACCGCUGUG